AUUCAGCUGUCAAGUCCUAUGGAAUCUAAAAUAGAACUCAACCAAUGGGAGACAGUCUCCACGCUGUUUACCGGACAAUUUGGAUGUGGACAGUUUUAUCAUGCACUGCAGCGUCUGUGUUGCAGUGUUGAGGCAGCAGGAUGUAGAGUGCUGUUCAAGUUUUCCAGUGGGGUCCCUCAAAGGGACAACUUUGAAAGAUAGCUAGCUUCUAAAGAAUAAGAAAUAGAUAGAGUUACUGUACCUGACUUGGGGCUGCUCUUAAUCAAGUUCUGCAUUGCAAGGAAGAUAAUAUUCGAGCGUUAUGAAGGCGGAGAAGGAUCCUGAAGACGAAGAAAAUAUCGUUAGAGAUCCAAGCUAAGUGUAGCACAGCAUGUGAGGGACUGAGUCACUUGUCAGGAGUUUGUCUGAGAGUUUGCUUUGUGAGCUUACAGAGAUUUGUAACUUAAUGCAAAGUAGUUUGCCAUUAGCAACAAGAAACUAAAUCCUGUCUAUGAUGAACUGUUGGUUUUCUUGUACUCCUAAGAACAGACAUGCAGCAGAUUGGAAUAAAUAUGAUGACCGAUUGAUGAAAGCAGCAGAAAGGGGGGAUGUAGAAAAAGUGUCCUCAAUCCUUGCUAAAAAGGGGGUCAAUCCAGGCAAACUAGAUGUGGAAGGCAGAUCUGUCUUCCAUGUUGUGGCCUCAAAGGGGAAUCUUGAGUGUUUGAAUGCCAUCCUUAUACAUGGAGUUGAUAUUACAACCAGCGACACUGCAGGGAGAAAUGCUCUUCACCUGGCUGCUAAGUAUGGACAUGCAUUGUGCCUACAAAAACUUCUACAGUACAAUUGUCCCACUGAGCAUGCAGACCUGCAGGGAAGAACUGCACUUCACGAUGCAGCAAUGGCAGAUUGUCCUUCUAGCAUACAGCUGCUUUGUGACCAUGGGGCCUCUGUGAAUGCCAAAGAUGUAGACGGGCGGACACCACUUGUUCUGGCUACUCAGAUGAGUAGGCCAACAAUAUGUCAACUGCUGAUAGAUAGAGGAGCGGAUGUUAAUUCCAGAGACAAACAAAACAGAACUGCCCUCAUGCUAGGUUGCGAAUAUGGUUGCAGAGAUGCAGUAGAAGUCUUAAUUAAAAAUGGUGCUGAUAUAAGCUUGCUGGAUGCGCUUGGCCAUGAUAGUUCUUACUAUGCAAGAAUUGGUGACAAUCUGGACAUUCUAACCUUGUUGAAGACUGCAUCGGAAAAUACCAACAAAGGGAGAGAACUUUGGAAGAAAGGGCCAUCUUUGCAACAGCGAAAUUUGACACACAUGCAAGAUGAAGUAAAUGUGAAGUCACAUCAGAGGGAGCAUCAAAAUAUUCAGGAUUUGGAGAUUGAAAAUGAAGAUUUGAAAGAGAGGUUGAGAAAAAUUCAGCAAGAACAAAGAAUACUUUUGGAUAAAGUCAAUGGUUUACAGUUACAGCUGAAUGAGGAAGUUAUGGUUGCUGAUGAUCUGGAAAGCGAGAGAGAAAAGCUGAAGUCCCUUUUGGCAGCUAAAGAAAAGCAACAUGAAGAAAGCUUAAGGACCAUUGAGGCUCUGAAAAAUAGAUUUAAAUAUUUUGAGAGUGAUCAUUUAGGAUCAGGAAGUCAUUUCAGUAACCGAAAAGAAGAUAUGCUUCUUAAACAAGGUCAGAUGUAUAUGGCAGACUCACAGUGUACUUCCCCAGGUAUACCAGCCCAUAUGCAAAGCAGAUCUAUGUUAAGACCUCUGGAACUAUCUUUACCCAGUCAAACGUCAUACUCUGAAAAUGAAAUUUUAAAGAAAGAGUUAGAAGCAAUGCGAACUUUCUGUGAGUCAGCAAAACAAGACCGACUGAAGCUCCAAAAUGAACUGGCACACAAAGUGGCAGAAUGCAAAGCUUUAGCAUUAGAAUGUGAAAGGGUCAAGGAGGAUUCAGAUGAACAGAUAAAACAAUUAGAAGAUGCAUUAAAAGAUGUGCAGAAGAGGAUGUAUGAGUCAGAAGGUAAAGUUAAACAAAUGCAGACCCAUUUUCUUGCCCUUAAAGAACACUUAACAAGUGAAGCAGCCUCAGGGAAUCACAGACUAACCGAGGAACUGAAGGAUCAGUUGAAAGACUUGAAAGUAAAAUAUGAAGGUGCUUCAGCAGAAGUGGGGAAAUUAAGAAACCAAAUCAAACAAAAUGAGAUGAUAGUAGAAGAGUUUAAGAGGGAUGAAGGCAAGCUGAUAGAAGAAAAUAAGCGAUUACAGAAGGAACUUAGUAUGUGUGAAAUGGAGCGAGAGAAGAAAGGAAGAAAGGUCACAGAGAUGGAAGGCCAGGCAAAAGAAUUGUUAACGAAGCUGGCCCUUUCCAUUCCAGCUGAAAAAUUUGAAAACAUGAAGAGCUCAUUAUCAAAUGAAGUGAAUGAGAAAGCAAAAAAAUUAGUAGAAAUGGAAAGAGAACAUGAAAAAUCACUUAGUGAAAUUAGACAGUUAAAGAGAGAACUUGAGAAUGUUAAGGCCAAGCUUGCUCAGCAAGUCAAACUAGAGGAACAUGAACAGGUUAAGAGCAGAUUAGAACAGAAAUCAGGAGAACUUGGGAAGAAGAUCACUGAGUUAACAUUGAAAAAUCAGACACUACAAAAGGAAAUUGAAAAAGUUUAUUUGGAUAAUAAGCUCCUCAAGGAGCAAGCACAUAACUUAACAAUUGAAAUGAAAAAUCAUUAUGUUCCUUUAAAAGUAAGUGAAGACAUGAAAAAGUCACAUGAUGCAAUUAUUGAUGAUCUUAAUAGAAAGCUUUUAGAUGUAACACAAAAAUAUACAGAAAAGAAGUUGGAAAUGGAGAAAUUGCUGCUGGAAAAUGACAGCUUAAGUAAGGAUGUAAGCCGCCUAGAAACUGUGUUUGUACCUCCUGAGAAACAUGAAAAAGAGAUAACAGCUCUGAAAUCCAAUAUUGUUGAACUUAAGAAACAGCUGUCUGAACUUAAGAAAAAAUGUGGUGAAGACCAGGAGAAAAUACACGCUCUCACAUCUGAAAACACUAACUUGAAGAAGAUGAUGAGUAACCAGUAUGUGCCAGUUAAAACCCAUGAAGAGGUUAAAAUGACACUGAAUAACACGUUAGCUAAAACUAACAGAGAAUUAUUAGAUGUGAAGAAAAAAUGUGAAGAUAUAAAUCAGGAAUUUGUAAAAAUAAAAGAUAAGAAUGAAAUAUUAAAAAGAAACCUGGAAAACACUCAGAACCAAAUAAAAGCUGAGUACAUCAGCCUGGCAGAGCACGAGGCAAAGAUGAGCUCGCUAAGUCAGAGCAUGAGAAAGGUGCAGGAUAGUAAUGCUGAAAUCUUGGCCAACUACAGAAAAGGCCAAGAAGAGAUUGUGACACUGCAUGCCGAAAUUAAAGCCCAGAAGAAGGAGCUCGACACAAUACAAGAAUGCAUUAAGGUAAAAUACGCCCCAAUUGUCAGCUUUGAGGAGUGCGAGAGAAAAUUUAAAGCAGCAGAGAAAGAACUAAAAGACCAGUUAUCAGAGCAGACACAAAAGUGUAGUGUCAGUGAAGAAGAAGUCAAGAAAAACAAGCAAGAGAAUGACAAGUUAAAGAAGGAGAUUUUUACCCUUCAGAAAGAUUUGAGGGAUAAGACAGUUCUCAUUGAGAAGUCUCAUGAAAUGGAAAGAGCAUUAAGCAGAAAAACAGACGAGCUAAACAAACAGUUAAAAGACUUGUCACAGAAAUACACCGAAGUAAGGAAUGUGAAAGAGAAGCUAGUAGAAGAAAAUGCCAAACAGACUUCUGAGAUACUUGCAGUGCAAAAUCUUUUGCAAAAACAACAUGUUCCAUUGGAACAGGUUGAGGCUCUGAAAAAAUCUCUUAAUGGCACAAUUGAAAAUCUAAAGGAAGAACUGAAGAGUAUGCAAAGGUGUUACGAGAAAGAGCAGCAGACAGUGACCAAACUGCAUCAAUUGUUGGAGAAUCAAAAGAACUCUUCUGUACCCCUGGCAGAGCAUUUGCAGAUUAAAGAAGCAUUUGAGAAAGAGGUUGGAAUCAUAAAAGCCAGCUUGAGAGAAAAGGAAGAAGAAAGCCAAAACAAAAUGGAAGAAGUCUCCAAACUUCAGUCUGAGGUUCAGAAUACUAAACAAGCAUUAAAAAAAUUAGAGACUAGAGAGGUAGUUGACUUGUCUAAAUAUAAAGCAACAAAAAGUGAUUUGGAGACACAGAUUUCUAGCUUAAAUGAAAAAUUGGCCAAUCUGAAUAGAAAGUAUGAGGAAGUAUGUGAGGAAGUUUUGCAUGCCAAAAAGAAGGAAAUAUCUGCAAAAGAUGAGAAGGAAUUACUCCAUUUCAGCAUUGAGCAAGAAAUUAAGGAUCAGAAGGAAAGAUGUGAUAAGUCCUUAACAACAAUCACAGAGUUACAAAGAAGAAUACAAGAAUCUGCUAAACAAAUAGAAGCAAAAGAUAAUAAGAUAACUGAACUGCUUAAUGAUGUGGAAAGAUUAAAACAGGCACUCAAUGGCCUUUCCCAACUCACCUACACAAGUGGGAACCCCACCAAGAGGCAGAGCCAGCUGAUUGACACUCUGCAGCACCAAGUGAAAUCUCUGGAGCAACAGCUGGCUGAUGCCGACAGACAGCACCAAGAAGUAAUUGCAAUUUAUCGGACACACCUUCUUAGUGCUGCACAGGGUCACAUGGAUGAAGAUGUUCAGGAGGCUCUGCUCCAGAUCAUACAAAUGCGGCAGGGGCUUGUGUGCUAGCAGUUAGCACUGACUGCCAGUAUCUGUUUUAUCUUGCUGGUGCUGAACAUUCUUUGUGCAACUCCAUGGUCUUUCUGGGCCUUACUGUGCUGGUAUAAUUAAAAUAAAAUAUAUUUUGUUCUA